CCGACAGCGCGCACGAGGAGGAACGCCAGCGCCGCCUCGGCGGGAUGUCUCAGGGCGCGCCGGCGGCGAGCACUUUGCAAAGGAGCUCCUCUUCGGAGGGGACGCAGCAGGGUCAUGAAGACGAUGAAAGGAAAGUACGACGGAGAGAGAAGAACAGAGUUGCGGCCCAGAGGAGCAGAAAGAAACAAACACAGAAAGCAGAUAAACUCCACGAGGAAUACGAGUGCCUUGAGCAAGAGAAUAUCUCCCUGAAAAAAGAAAUUGGAAAGCUGACCAACGAAAUGAAACACUUGAGCGAAGUCUUGAGGAACCACGAAAAAGUCUGCCCUCUGUUGCACUGCUCUUUAAACUUUGGCUUGAUUCCUAGACACGAUGUCCUCAGUGGCCCCUUGCCAAGAUGAGGAGGCCACCUUCAGAGGAUCUCCAAGUUCUACUGAUAUGAGAGAGUUUUUGAGAGCCUCUUUCUUUUCCACCAUGCUUCAUGGACACGACAAGCACUCUUGCAACUUGCAACUGCUUUCCCACUGCGAAAGUCUAGUAAAUAAUCAGGAUGCUGUCCUGAGGAUGAAAAACAUGGAUGGGCUGCAACCUUGCGGGAAAAUCUUUGGACGAAGUGCUCUCUCCCUCUCUGUGUGCUGUUUGUCCAGCAAGGAAUCUGAAAUGUGGCCUUGAAUGCAAAUAAUGUUAUCACAUUUAUUUUUAAACACACAACUUUUCUUGUCCUCAUUGUUGCUAAGAAAUGUGUUGGCGAUGAUGAGGAAAGGAGAAGAGCCUGUUCUGGAGCUUGAAACCAAAAGGGAUAGUGGGCACAUCCUGGAGCCAAGGAUAGUGGACACAUCCUGGAGCCACUUCUGCAUCUCUUGCCUGCCUACCAGAUUCUUUGUUCCCUAUGUGCCAUGGGCUUCUCCUCUUCCACUCUCUGUCAAGUUCUGUGAAAAUCCAAACAUUGCAAUUGCAUGUAUACUUUUCAGGCUUGUUGCAGUCGUACAUAAAUUCAGUGAUACAAAUGCAGCCAUCUCCCCUGGUGAUUGGGUAGCCCACA